AUGUCUUCACCCAGAAAGGCUACAGCAAAGCUCGGAAAAGAUCAGCAGAAAGAUGACCCUACCCUUCAUUUGCCUUCAUCCAGCCAGGAAGCAACACAUAAAUCACUUCCUAAUGAGGUUUUUACACAACAAGUUAACUUAGAUAAGGUAAUAUUCUCUUUUUCGGAUUUCAAACAUAGUGAUUUUGUGGACCUUUUUAAAGAACCUGCCUCAGAAAGUGAGAGUGAACACACGGUGUGGACAGCCGAUGACGCCUACCACAGAGACAAGUGGAUGGGCGAGGAUGAGCAUGCAGGGCCGUCGCAGCCCGUCUCCCCGUCUGUGCGCGGUAUACAGCUUAUUUCUGAAAAGGAUUUAAUUCAGUUGGCCCAGAUUCGGCCAUUAAGAUUCAGUUUUCGCGAACAAACAGAAAUCAAGAAUUAUUUUCAAGUACUACAGAGAAAGGUAGAAGAUAAUGAAAUCAUCCAGGAGUAUAUGGCUUUGGACAGUAAGGAUCUGCGUUAUCAGUCCAACUGUGGGAAUGAACCAUGCAACAGGGACAAAAACAGAUAUCGAGACAUCCUUCCAUAUGAUUCAACACGUGUUCCUCUCGGAGAAAACAAGGACUACAUUAAUGCUAGUUAUAUUAGGAUAAUCAAUGGUGGACAAGAGUAUUUCUAUAUCGGUACCCAAGGGCCACUGCCAAGUACCACAGAUGACUUUUGGCAAAUGAUUUUGGAACAUAACUCUAAUGUUAUUGUCAUGAUAACAAGAGAGAUAGAAGGCGGGAUUACCAAAUGCCACCAUUACUGGCCCGUUUCUAUGAAGAAGCCUUUGGAACUGAAACACUGUCGUAUCUUCCUGGAGAACUACCAGAUCCUUCCAUAUUUCACCAUUCGAUUAUUUCAAGUUGUGAGGAAAUAUACAAGAAUUAAGCACUUUGUAAAACAGUUGCAGUUCACCAACUGGCCAGACCACGGCACUCCUUCGCCACCAGAUGGUUUCAUACAGUAUGUCCGCAGCGUGAGGAGCAGCCAGGUGACAGGGCCCAUCGUGGUUCACUGCAGCGCGGGAGUGGGCCGCACCGGGGUGUUCAUCUGUGUGGACGUGGUGUUCUGCGCCAUUGAGAACAAUUUCCCAUUCAACAUUAGAGAUAUCGUGGUCCAAAUGAGAAGACAACGCCAUGGUAUGAUUCAAACAAAGGAGCAGUAUUGGUUUUGUUAUAAAAUUGUGCUUGAAGUUCUUAAGAAGCUUGUGGCUUUGGAUUUAGAAAGACAGCCUCACACUUGA